AUGGCAGAAGUACUAGCAGCAGAUAUCAAAGAGAAUAUCUUGACAUGCAACAUCUGUCUGGUAGAGUAUGAAGACCCCCGUGUGCUGCCUUGCUACCAUACAUUUUGUUAUGGUUGUAUAUCUGACCAUGCUACACGCACUCUGACUUCAAAUAGAACAUUUCUGUGUCCCGUGUGUAGAGAAGAGAUCCAGUUUCCAGCUGGUGGACUUAACCAACUGAAAAAGAAUUUCAUCUUUAGCAAGACCAAGGAUAUCAUAACCAAGCAGCAAGUUGGACAGACAUUAGAAGAGGAACAGGCCACUGUAGCAGCAGUGACACAGGCCAUUGCACAGAUGACCAUCAGUUGUGAGAAACAUCUUAAUAAUGAAUUGAAAUAUUACUGUGAAGAUGACGAUACUGUUAUAUGUUGUGAAUGUAUAAUAACAGAACAUAGCGGCCAUCGUAUUUCGUCAGUUGAGCAAGUUGCAAAAUGCAACAGAGAUAAAAUUAAAGCUGCUCUUGUGAGAACCAUGAAAACGACGGACAUGUUUAAAGAGUCAGUUGCCAUGGAAACAGCCAAUGAUACAGAGGACUCUCAUAUCAAGACGCUCACUAUCACAAACAUGAAAAAGCAAGCUCAGAUUAUGCACAAAUUGAUUGAUCAGAGGGUAGAGACAUUGAUAUCAGAAUUGAAUUCUGCUUAUGAUGUCAGAAAGAAACAGAAGGAGGCAAACAAAGAUAUCCUUGAAUUUCACCAUUCUUCCUUGCACAGUGCCUGUGACUUUGCCCAGGAACUUAUCACUAAUGGCACUGACUCUGAAAUCAUGCUUCAUGCAAAAUCUCUGAUAGAAAGACUGGCAGCAAUGGAGAAAACACCUGUCCCAACUCCAGACACACCAGCACAGAUAUCAUACAAACCUGGUGAGAUAUCAACUGACGGACUUGAGGCCAUGUUAGGACAGGUGACAGUACAGUCACAAAGUCCAUUAGCUGGACUGGAAACAAAUCCAAGAUCAGCACCAAAUCUUCCAGUUUUCUUAGAGAAAGCAGAGUGUGUGCGUUCCUUCAGUGCUGUGGUGGGAGAUGACAAAGGAAGAAUAUUAAUGACUGGAUUGACCAUUGAUGAGCGAUAUACCUGUAUGUAUGUUGUGGAUGGAUAUGAAUCUUGGAGAAGGAGAGGGAAUGACAGAACAAAAAUGUUCACACAUGAUGGAGAAUUCAAGUUUUACAUUGAACUGAACAAUCCGUUUGAUGUGGCAGUGUCACAAACUGGUCACAUGUAUAUGACAUCACUGGGUGACAAAUGUGUGAAAGUGUACUCCACCAAAGGCAAGCAGGUGACAACCAUGGGUCACGGUCUACUGGAGGAUCCACGUGGUAUCACACUGAACAGACAAGGUCAUGUGAUGGUUUGUGACAGAGGAAAGAUGUCCAUCUUCACAUUCUAUGCAGCCAGUGGACAGCUCCUGGACACUAUUCCACUCAAUAUGUGUGCAGAUCCACAGUACAUCACAGUAAACAGUGUAAAUGAUAACAUUGUGAUAUCAGACUUCGUAAAACACUGCGUACAUGUGCUGUCGCCUACUGGUGAUCAGCUGUACCAGUAUGUUGGUAAUGGCCAGUUAAGGAAACCAUGUGGAGUGUGCACAGACAGCAAUGGUCACAUCUUCAUUGCUGAAUGGGGUAAAAGACGGAUAGUGGCACUGAGUCCACAGGGAUAUUUUAUCAGAUACAUUGCCACUAAGGCUGAUGGGUUGAAUUCUCCCAUAGCAUUAGCCAUCAACCCUGCUGGCCAGCUGGUGGUAGCAGAAGAGUGGGGCAGAGUUAAGAUAUUUCAGUACUUACAGUAA